UGAACAGCAGAUGUUUGUGUACCGACGAAAAAGAUGGAGACGAACCUGUUCAAGAAGAGGAAAAACCAUAACAUACGUCUAAGGCGGUUAAGUGACGACGACGGCGGCGGCGACAGCGACGCCCUGACCAACGCCAGCAAUGAAGACUCCAACAUAUCCAUGCCGGCGGUUCCCAAGAAGGAGAAAAAGAAGAAGGACAAGGCUGCGCCCGUCCCUAAGAAACAGUCUGUUCUUAGCUUCGAGGACGAGCUUGAAGCUGAUGAUGGUAUCAUUUUCCAAGAGAAGAAAUCCAGCCUUAGCUACAAGCUUCGGAAGGAAAUGAAAAAAGAAAGAAAGGAGAAAAAGAGGGAAGAGAGGGAGAAGCAAAGACUAGCGGAAGGGAAAGAAAAAUUGCGUGAAAAAGACAAGAAUGGAGGACCAACUAUGUCUGAAUUGGAUGAAUUGGGUAUCAGAAUUGUUAACGGCAGAGAGGCAGAGGCCAUUGCUGCCAAGCCAGGCGACUCGGAUGAAGAUGAUCCGGAACUUCCUGGAAAACACAAGUUUCGAUCUGUGAAGUCAAGGACCUCCCAGUCUCUUGACCCAUGGAAGAAAAUUUUACAAAGUGGUCAAAUCCCAGAUGCAAAUAUGAUUCAUGCCAUCAGGAAACAAAGACAGCAAGCCAGAGAAAGAGGUGAUAAUAUUCCUUUGGAAGAUACCAUAAGGUUUGAAGAAUCAAAAGGGCGCUUGGUGCGGGAGGAUGACAAUGAUCGUAGUGAUGAUGAAGAGGGAACAUCUCGAAUGGACUUCUCUAUGAAUCACCAAGCAAGAGAUCGAGAGCAGAGAAGAGAGGCCUUUGAUGCAGCACAAGCUGGUGAUGGAAGUGAGGAUAGUGACCAUGAGCGUGAAUGGGAGAAACAGCAACUGCAGAAAGCUGGUGCUAAUGCAAAGGCAACUGGUGUUGAUGGUGAGAUAAGCCAAGAAGUUUGCGAUACAAUCAGCCUUCAGUACAGUAGUACAUCAACUGAGACUGCUGCGUUAAUGAGUGGACAAGAUCAGAGAUUGUGGGCCACAGAGUCUUUGAUUCCUUCCUCUGCAGCGUCUCUACCUCGCCCUGCCAACUACCAGGCAGAGGGCAUCAUCAAACGCCUCCAAGACAGUCGAGCAAGCCUGGAGGAGGUGUACCGCCGUCAUCAGGCAGAGGCAGAUAAAGUGGUUGACGACCUGGUCAGCAGCAAGUCUUCAGUCGCACGUUGCAGCUUGGAGCAGCAUCCACUGACUGGCAUCUUCCAGUUUUACCAAGAUAUCCGUGGGUAUGUCACUGACUUAAGAGACUGUCUAAAUGAAAAGGUACCACUGAUUCAGGCCUUGCAAGAGCAAGUGUACAUUCUAUAUCGUCAGCGAGCGCAGAAAUUGGUGCAGCGACGCCGUUUGGAUGUUAGGGACCAAAAUGAUGAAUUUUCACCAUUUGCAGGUAAAGCUGCAAAAGGGGAUGAAUACCGGAUACGUAGAGCGGCCGAACGAGAGGGCCGGCGUACUCGAAGACGAAGAGAAAGAGAAAAGAGAGGUGAUGUCAGUCAUCACAAUGGAAUGUCAACUGAUGACGAAGAGUCCCAUUCCGAGAUUCAGGUCAUACAGACUGAGCUUGAACAUAUAGCUGCAGAAGCUCGUAAGAUUUUUGAAGAUGUUGAAGAGGACUUUUCUCAGUUGAAGAGAAUCAUGGCAAGAUUUGAAGAGUGGAGAAAUAAAGAUGGACCCACAUACAGAGAUGCUUACGUGUCUCUAAAUCUACCUAAAAUGUUUGCCCCUUAUAUAAGGUUACAGAUGCUCUUGUGGAACCCCUUAAUGCGUGACAGUGAUGGAUUAGAAAUUGAGCGAAUGAAGUGGUUCAACCUUUUGAUCCUUUUUGGUGUUGGGGAAGCAGGAGAUGAGGAUCCACAGAAGUUAAGGGAAGAUCCUGAUUGUAGACUCGUAUCACAUCUAGUAGAAAAAGUAGUGUUGGUCAAACUUAAAGAAAUUGUUGGUUGUUGGUGGGAUCCAUUGUCACAUGUACAAACUGUAAGAUUAGUUAAUAUGGUAAGACAUUACACUAGUGCCUACCCCACGUUAAGUCCAAGCUCCAGACAGCUGAAGGAACUUACACAUGCUAUCAUAGCAAAAAUCCGAGAUGCCAUUGAUAAUGAUAUUUUCAUACCCAUGUUUCCAAAAUCGGUAUACGACAACAAGAACUCUGGUGUGAGUUUGUUCUUCCAACGACAGUUUUGGGUGGCAUGGAAACUUUUGAGUUCUACACUAAUGUGGCACAAUGUUCUAAGUGACUCCGUUAUCCAUGAAUUGGCAGUCCGUUCUCUACUUAACCUUUACUUAUUACCAGCCCUCAAUUUAGCAUCUGAAAUCAAUCCUUCUGAUUCACUGGAUAAAUGUAGAAAUGUAAUUAAUGCCCUACCUCGUGCUUGGGUAAAAAGUGAAGGCACCCAUGUGUUUCUUGGCCGUUUGGAAGACUUCUUGUUGAAGCUGUCAGAAAAAUUAGACCCAACUAGUCAUUCUGCUGCCCUGAAAGAGGUGUGUGAUCUUCUGAAAUCAAUAGGUGCUGUGAAGCAAGCGGAGAAGAUAGCUUACAAGUACCUGUAAUUAUUAGUGUUUGUAGCAGAAUGGUAAUGUUAAUUUAUUGUAAAAAAAUGACAUUGUUUACCCACUUCUGUUCCUAAAAGAUUAUUUUACCCCUGAACAUACACAUAUACAGAUAUUACUUCUUGACAGUACUUUGGAAAGCUGAGAUAUGUACUAUAUUGUACUCUUCUAAAGAGUAACCACAGUCCUAUUAUUUUUUGUAGAAAAACUUUUUAUAUCACCUUUACAUGGAAAUUAAAUGUUUCAUACACUAA